CUUUUCUUUUUUUUUUGUGUGUGUUUGGCUUCCUUUCGCUUCAACCAGGAUGAUCGGACAGCGCAUGCUCGCUGCCAGUCUCCUCGUGCUUGCGAUUGCCACUCACCAUGCGCUUGCGGCCAACUUUGUCUUUGGGCCCAACACGAAGGUCGUGGCUGACGUCUGGGACGCCGAGAACCAGCUCAUUCUGCAGCCGUCGGGCCGGCUGAUUGUCACUGGCGGAGACAACAUUUACGAGAUUGUUCGCUCUGGAUCAACGUACACGAAGAUUCCGCUCAUGUCGGGUCCUGGCUACUAUCUCGGUCUCUCGCAGGUGAACAACACGCUGUACGCGCUCCAGUCCGUGCCUGGUUGCUCGACGAACGAGUCGGCGACGACCAACUUUCUGCUCAGCGCUCCGAUCGUCGAUGGAAAGCAGCUCGUGUUCAGCAAAAUCUACGCAAUUCAAUCCUUCACACUGCCCAAUGGCAUGGCAUUCUAUGACAACAAAUUUUACAUUGCCGAUACGGCAUACACUGGCUCUGGCAAGAUUGCGACACUCGCCUUGUCACCUUCCGACCCAAACGUGAUUACCGCGCAAGUGACCUUCUUGACAACGGCUCAAGCUGAGGCGCCCAACGGCGUCAAGAUUUUCAACAACACGCUGUACUACUCGUCCUUGGGCACGGUCAAGUCUGUGCUGCUGACGCAGUCUCCGCCAAAGCCCGUCGCUCUCUUCACGUUGGACACGGUCUUGGACGACAUGAACUUGCUGAAUGUCGUUGGCUACCCCAACACUCUUCUGAUGGUGUGCAACUACCUUGAAGGCGAGAUUGUGCUCUGGGAUUUGACCGAGUCCAAGCAGGUGUACAAGACUCGUCUUGAAGGAUUCUCUGGCCCAUCCAGCUUGCAGAUGACCGGUGGUGCGCUGGGCUUCCCGCUCGACUCUGUGCUUCUCACUGACAAGGGUGUCGUGUGCUCCCACACGGCCACUGGCAACUUUUUGUCCUACUUUACCAUUGUUUACCAGUGAGCGGAUUCGUUCCCUCCUGAGUGAAUGCUUGUUUUCAUGUGUUGAUAUUAGUCCCCCAUUUUUGAAUUUUUCUCAUGGUUAUCUGUUGAUUGUUUUGUUGAUUGUUUGUGUGAAUACUACUGAAUUUCUUUCAACG